AUGACGAACCAUUCGGAGAGCAUUUUUACCACCAAGGACGACGGCCAAAAGUGCAGGCUGUACGUGGGCAACCUGCCGAAGGCGAAGACGGAAAAAGAGAUAUUCGAUGAAGUGAGCCGCAUAACGCGCGGUCGUCUGGUGCGUGUGAUCACGUACAAGAACUUUGACGACCCGUCGAUGCACCGGGGCUUUUGCUUCCUGGACUACGAGUCGGUGGCCGCGGCUUCGGACGCCAAGCGAGUAUUGUCGAAGCAAAAGGUGUUCGGGUGCAAGACGACCGUGGACUGGGCGUACCCGAAACCGCAGGUAGACGCGGACAUGAUGGCCACGGUCCGCGUACUGUUCGUCAAGCAAUACGGCGGCGUGUUGAACGAACGCGUGCUGGCCAAUAUGUUUGGCUGGUACGGGGUCGUGGAGCGCGUGAUAAACCUGAAGAACUACGCGUUCGUACACUUUGAGCGGCGGGAGGAUGCGCAGUCGGCCAUGGACGAGCUGCACAAUUUCAGGGACGUGGUUUCGGGCGCGCGCCUCGACGUCGCGUGGGCCAAGCCACCGGUGGACAAGCAAACGCGGCAGCGGAUGUUGCGUAACCGGGAACGCCGGGUACGGAAAUCCGUGGUCGCGGCCAUGAGUCAACCGGUUCGCUACGCCCCGCGGCCACCGUGCCGCGCUCCCGGAUCCAAAGGACGCGUCGGCCCCGCCCCCGUCCCCACCGCCGCAGCCAACACCAAGUACGACAAUCGCGGUUACGAUUUCGGACCGCGGCAACUGUACAACCGGUGUACCCUCGCCUCUGCGGCGAGAAUUCCCGUGGACGAGGCCACGUCCAACCAUCGCAAUAGCGACACCGCACGCCGGUGCCGCUUCAACGUCGCGUGCGCAGACCAAUGCAGAGCGGUCCGUCACGAUGAUGGCGAUUGGAAGAAGGGACGUACGAGAAGCUGCGCCAAAAAUUAUUGGCGUCACCGUAGUGCUGUCUAA